UGAAGGCGCCAUGAGCGGGGGGGUCUACGGCGGCGAUGAGGUCGGCGCCCUCGUGUUUGACAUUGGCUCCUUCUCGGUGCGCGCUGGGUACGCGGGGGAGGACUGCCCCAAGGCUGACUUCCCCACCAGCGUGGGCCUGCUGCCCCCCGAGGACGUGGGGCUGGAGCUGGACGGGGACAAGGAGCAGAAGGGAGGGAAGGUUUAUUACAUUGACACCAACGCUCUGCACGUGGCCAGGGAGGGGAUGGAGCUCAUCUCACCGCUCAAGAACGGCAUGAUCGAGGACUGGGAUUGUUUCCAGGCCAUCCUGGAUCACACCUAUGGGAAACAUGUCAAGUCAGAGCCAGGACUGCACCCGGUGCUCAUGUCUGAGGCCCCGUGGAACACCCGCGCCAAGCGUGAGAAGCUGACGGAGCUGAUGUUUGAGCACUACAACAUCCCAGCGUUCUUCCUGUGCAAGACAGCGGUCCUGACAGCUUUCGCCAACGGCCGCAGUACUGGUCUGGUACUGGACAGUGGAGCCACCCACACCACAGCCAUCCCAGUGCAUGACGGAUACAUCCUACAGCAGGGCAUCGUCAAGUCCCCAUUGGCUGGAGACUUCAUCUCUAUGCAGUGCCGGGAGCUGUUCCAGGAGAUGAACAUUGACAUCGUCCCCCCCUAUAUGAUAGCAGCCAAGGAGGCGGUGCGGGAGGGGGCCCCCCCCAAUUGGAAGAAGAAGGAGAAGCUGCCGCAGGUGUCCAAGUCAUGGCACAACUUCACCUGCAAUGAGGUGAUCCAGGACUUCCAAGCCUCAGUACUGCAGGUGUCAGACUCCCCCUAUGAUGAACAGGUGGCCGCUCAGAUGCCCACAGUUCACUAUGAGAUGCCCAAUGGCUACAACACUGACUAUGGGGCAGAGAGACUGAGGAUACCUGAGGGGCUGUUUGACCCCUCCAACGUCAAGGGUCUAUCGGGUAACACGAUGCUGGGUGUGGGGCACGUGGUGACCACCAGCAUUGGGAUGUGUGACAUUGACAUCAGGCCGGGUCUCUAUGGCAGCGUCAUUGUCACCGGGGGGAACACUCUGCUCCAAGGCUUCACCGACCGCCUCAACCGGGAGCUGUCCCAGAAGACGCCUCCAAGCAUGCGCCUGAAGCUGAUCGCCAGCAACAGCACCAUGGAGAGACGCUUCAGCCCAUGGAUUGGGGGCUCCAUCCUGGCCUCGCUGGGCACAUUCCAGCAGAUGUGGAUCUCGAAGCAGGAGUAUGAGGAGGGAGGGAAACAAUGUGUGGAGCGCAAGUGCCCCUGACCCCCCAUUGACCCCCAUUG